AGAGAGAGAGAGAGAGAGAUCCAGGCUGCAGGAAACACGGAAAGAAAACACGUUUAUUCUGCAGUAGACAGGCAUGUGAUAAUUCUAUCAACCCAUUUAUAAUUGGGCAUAACAAUCAUGGGAACAGGGGGAUUAAUCAAAUGACAGAGUUUCUCCAGCAAUUUUGUCUACAAAAAAAAAGAAAAGGAAGGUUUUCCUCGUAGAAGGGAAGAAACUGCAUAUCUCAGAAAGCAGGUGAUGCGCUGGAUAGAUCAUGUCUGAGGUACAAGCAACUGUUGAGUUCUCAGUUGAGCUGCACAAAUUCUACAAUGUGGACCUUUUUCAAAGAGGAUAUUACCAGGUGCGUGCAGCACUGAAAGUCCCUCCCCGAAUUCCUCACAGGCUGACUGCAACACUGACAGGUCCCACAGGUGAUUCAUUCACCAAUCCACCCUUCAUUCAUGACAACACGGUUUACAGUAGGAUAUUUCAGAUCAUGUAUAGAAAUGAAGAAAUCGUGGUGAACAGUCCCAGUCUGUUCAGGGUGCACCUCUUGUUGGAUGGAGAAAGGGUGGAAGAGGCAUUAAAUGAAGUGGACUUUCAGUUGAAGCUCGAUCUGCAUUUCACAGACUCUGAACAGCAAUUGAGUGAAAUUGCAGGAAUACCUUUGAUCAGUAGCCGAAGGCUGGGUCUUCACUUCCAUCCCAGAAGGGGUUUGCACCAUCAUGUACCCGUCAUGUUUGACUAUUUCCACCUCUCGGUCAUAACCAUCACUGUGCAUGCAUCACUUGUUGCAUUGCACCAACCCUUGAUAAGUUUUCCUCGCUUGGGCAAAGGCUCAUGGCUGAGUAAAGGAGGUCAGGAGAUGGAACCUGAUACUUCUAAUGUAACUCUCGAAAGCCUAGUGCUUGGACCCAGUUAUUACAAGCAACUCUCAGUUGAGGGAAAUACUACCGUCACUUCUGAGAGUUGCUUGCAGCAGGCGUACCGAUGGCACGAAACAAUGUGCCGAAUUUUGCUCUCUGCCUACAAAGGACUUCUCUGUUAUUUCAGUGCAAUAAUGAAGCAGGUCCCUGAACUGCAUCAGAUUCAGCUGGAGGACUGCCUCAUAGACGAGACUCUUACUCAGCUUUGUGUUAACGUGCAGAUGGUUAACAACCCGGAUAAAUUGGUAGAACAGAUCAGCAAGGACCUGUUGCAGCUCUGCUCCUGUCUUGUAGCUCUGUGGAACCAGUUCCGCAACACCACAACUCUCCAGGCAGAUGUAACAGCGUUCUUAUGCCAAGACCACCACAGUCUGAGGGUAAGAAGAUUCUCAGAGGCCUUCUUCUAUAAACAACACCAGAAACAGAUGGCACUUACAUUCCAGGAACACAUAAUCCAAAGUCAUAGUCAGAUUGCAGCAGCUAUCAGAAAUUCAUCCUACCUCACCAGCAUGCCCCCAUUGCCAAUCGAGUGCCUGGACAUAGAUGGAGACUGGAGUAAUCUUCCUAUUAUAUUUGAAGACAGAUAUGAAGAAUCCAUUUCCAAAGCAAACCACAAAGUUGACAGCGGCACAUCCAACAAGGAGGUGGGAACUGAGCUUAACCAUGUAUUGGACACUCGCCUUUCAGAGUUUUCAAAUUUACCAGCUGCAAUGAAACAGUGCCAGCAAGUGCAAAAUAGUGGCUCUGCUUCUGAAGCCUUCAGGAUGCUUACGACAAGGAUGCCCGGAUCACAACUUCUGAAUCAAACAGUUUCCUUGGGAACGAUGUACAACUCUGUGGAUUUGGCUGCUUUUGUCAGCCAAGAAUAUGACGAACUCAAUGAGAUUGAAAUCAAAAGCAUUCAGAGCUUAGAGGUGGACAGGUUUGUUGGACAAAGUCAAGGAGAACUCUCAACAAUCUAUGAACAUCAGAUUGAAUCACUCAGAUUUAAUGAAAUUUCAACAGGUUCUGACCAGCAAGAAAAGGUCUCUGACUCUGCAAAUGCAGCAUUACUCAAACAAACGGGGACAGCUUCAGACUUGACAUAUAUUGAAAGGAUCCUCAGAAACAAGGAUCCUUAUCAAGGAGAUGCUGUGUUAGUUUGUUCUUCAAGUAUAACAGAUACAAAUGAAUCAUCCCUAUCUAACGACUAUGAAGUUAGUGAAAAGGAGGAACUUAGUGAACUGUUACAUCCUGCAGUGAGCUCUGAACAUGUUGACAGUGAGUCCAUCGAUCAAGGAUCUGUGAAAAGAAAAGUUGAGAAUGCUGACUUUCCCAUUACCUCUGAGGUUAUGAAACGGUCCCUUUCAAUUAUAUCUGACUCUGGCAUUGAGAGCGAGCCCAGCUCAGUGGCUUGGCCUGAGAUACGCAAACCACAGGAUUUAUCUUGCGACCGUGACCUCAUGCAACAGAUAGUCAGGGCGCAGGCGAACCAUAGGAACUCGCUGGAGGGUGGUCAGACAGAGAGCGGCACCAGCCUGCCUAGCGGCAUUCAGGCUUCCUUAACAUCGAUCAGCUCGUUGCCUUUUGAAGACGAAGAAGAGGUGGAACUCAGCAAACUGACAAAAUCAGUCUCAGCCCCGCAAAUCAGUAGCUCUGAUCAGUUGGGAGGAACUCCUGACUCAUUAGCACAUAAUCAAACAGCGGAUGAAAGAGACUGGGCUGGGGGAUAUUCCACAGAAAAGGCAGAUGGAGGCGAAGAUGAAACAGAUGAGAUGCAACGAGACAGCAGCGAUGUUUUUGAUUCCCCUGCCGGUAAAGAGAUCCCACAAAACAGCCCAGAAGCAUUGCCGUCGAAUGAUGAUUGUACAAAGGUUUCUGAGAAAAGCUCCAGUGAGACUGUGGGAAAGAAUCAGAGGACAUCCGAUAAAGUGAAUGGUAAUUGCCGCCAUUGUGCGGAUGCAUUCGAUGCGAACGGGCCUAACGAUAGCACAGACCAUGCCGUUAAGGAGCUUAUGUGCAAGAAGGUGAAUUUCAGUGAGUUAUUAGAUAGAAGCAGUAAUACAUAUGAUCCUAACAAUCAUUCAGAGAUUGAACACUCACUAUUUACCCUUUCUGAAGGGGUCCAGAAUGACCAGCCCGGGACGUUUGGUGACAGCAUGCCAAACGGUGAAUUUGAGCCGGAUGGUGGCGGAGAGCUGUCCACAUGUAAAGCAACUUCUCGGCCUGAGUCAACAGAUGCUUUGGAGGCAACCACAGCAACUUUUAGUGAUGUGAUUUUGAAUGAUCGGUUGUGUCCUGAAGAACUACAUGAAGAAAAGGUGGAGUGUGGAAUGAAGACGGAUCAGCACUGUGAAGGCCUUACCCAGUUACAUGAUGAGCUCGGGGGAGAGAAGAAGCCAGGUAGUAACAAUGACGGUGAACUUGAGCCCCUGGUUGAUGGUGGAAAUUCUUCUGGAACCAGCACCUCGGGCAUGGCGUUUGAUAAAAGGAACAUGGUUGAGGUUGUGAAUCUCUCUGUUUCAUGCACAGCUACGUGUCUGCCAUUUUCCUCCAUGCUCAGGGAUUCCCCGGUUGCCUUUUCUUCAAAGCAAAUGGCGUCACCCAUCACGAGGCAGCCCAUGGGCUCUUUUGGGACUAAUUCACAGGACAACAACGCAGAAACCAAUGAGAGAAUGGUGAGUUUUGUUCAGGCCAAAAAAGAGUUGUUAAAGGGACUAAAGUUUGAAGGCAUGUUGUACAGUGACUUGCCAUUUCUGGCUUCCGAUCUUCCAUAUUUCACCCCAGAAGAGGAGGAAGAGGAUUUAGAGGAAGGAAUCCACCUGGUGGUCUGUGUUCAUGGAUUGGACGGUAACAGCGCAGAUCUCCGACUCGUCAAGACGUUUAUUGAACUGGGGCUUCCGGGUGCCAAGUUGGAUUUCUUAAUGUCUGAAAGGAACCAGAGUGACACCUUUGCUGAUUUUGAUACAAUGACGGAUCGCCUCUUGGAUGAGAUUGUUCAACAUAUCCACCUCUACAAUCUGACGAUAUCUAGAAUAAGUUUCAUUGGCCACUCAUUGGGCAACAUCAUCAUUCGCUCGGUGCUGACACGACCAAGAUUCCGGUGUUACCUCAGCAAGCUGCACACUUUCCUGUCACUCUCUGGGCCACAUCUGGGAACAUUAUAUAAUAACAGCACACUGGUUAGCACAGGGCUCUGGCUCAUGCAGAAACUGAAAAAGUCCAGCUCACUGUUGCAACUAACCUUCAAGGACCAAACCGAUCCUCGCAAGACUUUUUUGUAUAAACUCAGUGAGAAACCAGGGCUGCAGUACUUCAAGAAUGUUAUGUUGGUGGCAUCACCACAAGACCGAUAUGUUCCUUUUCAUUCUGCCCGGAUUGAAAUGUGUAAGACCGCACUGAAAGAUAGACAGAUUGGUUGCGUUUACACCGAGAUGAUUAACAACCUCCUUCGGCCGGUGACAGAGGCUGAUGACUGUACCUUGAUCCGCUACGAUAUUUUCCACGCAUUGCCAAACACUGCCAAUGCAUUAAUUGGCCGGGCAGCCCACAUUGCCGUCCUCGACUCUGAACUGUUCCUGGAAAAAUUCCUUCUGGUGGCUGGGCUAAACUACUUCAAAUAGCAUCUCCAGUUCACUCUUGGCACCCGAUGGUUCACGUGAAAACAUUUCCAGAGGCUUUCUUGUGGGAGAGCAUGGGUCGGGUCGGUAUUGAUUCGUUUCUCCAUACAUCCGUACACUAACCCAUACAAUCAAAAUGAUUAUGUUGUAAAUAUUACCAAAAGAAAUAUACGUCUCAAAUUAAGUUUAUCUAAAAACUGCUUUCCUGCCUUAAAUUCACAGAAGUUAUCACUAGGCUUUCUAUGAAAUACAACUUGAAUGGGCAAUUUUAAUUUAUGUUCUUAUCUACUGUUGAAGCAUUAAAUGUCUGUUGCCCUGUGGAAAUGAACAUUUGUUAUUUGCUCCCCCUUGAACUGAAAUCAGCACCACAAUAGUUUCUUGGAUUCUCUACACUUAAUUUUGAGUUAUUCCAAUGUGGAGUGUAUACAGCCUGCAAUGUGCCUGUAUCAGUUUUAGCCCAAGUUUCUCUGCAAAAGCCUUCUCUAUCACAGUGGCACAUUUUAGCAAGAGCAACUUCAUGCAGUGUCGAGAGACAGUUAGAAUGAUGUGUGAAAUAUAAUCGCACUACGACAUGCUUAUCAUGGGAUUUGUGUGUCACCGAGUUUGCACACACUGAUAUCCAAUCUUUGCAGCACUGUGUGAUUUGAGAUUGGAGCAAAAUGUGUUCAUGAUCUCAACAUGUUCAGAUAACUAGCAAUGCGGAAUCUCACCUCAAUGUGGUCAUUAUUGGUAUUGGUUUAUUAUUGUCACACGUACUGAGAUACACUGAAAAUCAUACCAUUGCUAUCCAGGCAUAUCAUACAAUACAUAAACAUAUCAAUAGUGCAAUAGAAAAAAAAAGCAAACUACAGAAUAUAAUGUUAAGGCUACCGUGAAAGUGGAGAUUUUAAAAAGUGCAAGGACUGCAAAGAGGUAGAUUAGAAGAUCAGUAAUUCAUCCCUGGGAGGUCCACUUAAGAGUCUGAUAACAGCAGGGAAGAAGCUGUCCUUGAAUCUGGUGGUAUGUGCGUUCAAGUUUUUGUAUCUUCUGCUAUUUGGGAAAUGGAAAAAGAGAGAAUGACCAGGGUACAUUUGGUUCUUGACAUUGGCUGUUUUCCCGAGGUAGUGUGAAGUAUAGAUGGGGUUGUUGCUGGUGGUGUGGGACGGGAGGGGGGCGGUUGAUGGGUGAGGAAGCUGGUUUGCAUGAUAGACUAGUUUGUGUUUCAACUCUCUGCAAUUUCUUGUUGUUUUCGGCAUAAAAAAAACAAAUACAGGAAAAAAUUAAUAAAGCAACAAGUCUCACACCCCCUCUGCACAUCUGAGGCUCCUGUGUGUGAUGACUGGCCUUGAGAACUCGAGAGUCAUGACACUGCCUGCACCAUGGGGCCAGGAUCUCUCUCUCUCUCUCCCCGAAGGUGAAGAUCUACUCUAACCGUCAAAGCAUGCGUUUAUAUAAUAAUUGUAUCUCUAAGAACAACAGGUAACUAUGUGUCAUAUCUAGCUAUCCCCCUUUGCGGCAUAAUGGCGUGAGUUACUUGUCCAAUCAGACGGCAAGCUAGUCUCGGAUGUCUCAAGGAAGGCAAAAUCUCAUCAUAGUGACCUUGCAGGUGGCCUCAUGAUUUAUUGGUCCCUUCAAAUUAGCCGAAACAUUUAUCUAAAAAAUCUUCUGGCUUUUGUGAGCAUGGUUUGAAAUGAGGUACUGCUAAUUCAACCUUUACAUUACUUUCAAAUGCGUACUAUGCUGAGAACUAUAUUCUGCACUCUGUAUCUUCCCCUUUGCUCUAUCUAUUGUGCUUAAGUUUGACGAUUGUAUUUAUGUAUGCUAUAUCUGAUCUGUUUGGAUGGCAAGCAAAACAAAACAAUAUACCUCGAUAUACGUGACAAUAAUAAACCUAAACCCUUAAACUGAGCAGGGAAACACUUCCUGCAUUAUUUCUAUCCUACUCAUUCAGUUUCUUCAGUACAUUAAAUUUGCUCUGUCAUGUUGAACACCAAAAGGGAAGAACAAGGAAGACCUGACAAUUAAAACAAGCUGUCCUUUUGGGGGGGGAAAGAGUAGCAUACUGAUGUAAAGGAAACUGCUGGAGGAACUCAGCUGGUCAGGCAGGAUCUUUGGAGGGAAAUGGACAGGCAUUGUUUCAGCUCAAGACCCUUCUUCAGAUUCAUCAGUCCAUUUUCCACCACGGAUGGAUGCUUCCUGACCUGCUGAGAUUCCCCAGCAGUUCGUAUUUUACUCAAGAUACAUGCAUCUGCAGUUUCUUAUGUCUCCAAUAGCAGAUUGACAUCUGGUAGUUCUUCAUUUGUGUGGGAAUCUGCAGGUUGCUCAGAGUUAUUCCUGGGAAUGUCAGUAGGCUUGUGCAUGUAAAUGUAGUUAAUUCCCUGCAAUAUCUGGACUACUAUAUUUUUGUUGUUGUUUUCAAAUGUUAAUAAAGACAGAAAGUUAUAAGCAGUCUCAUGGCUGCAAAUGUCCAGUUUAACUACAAUGCAAAGUCAAGAUCUAGCUACUGAAAAAUAAAUUAGUGUUAUAACUUAUAAGACAUUGGUGAAGAAAAAUAUUUAUCAUUUCUAAAUGACUAAACAUUUUGAUAGAAUUAAUUAAAAAACUGACUUUGUUAUUUUGGAGAAACUGAACUUGAACGAGUGGAUCACAGUGAGAGCAGAAAGCUUGGGGAAGGAGUUGAGAAAAUCACGGAGCACUCCGUGAAAGACAUGGAUCAUCAAAGGGGAAGUUAUUUCAUCUGGUUGCUGGGUGCGUAGAAAAGGGUUGUGUAUCAAGAUUUGCUAUAAAUGCUGCAAAUUCACUUUCUUACAUUAACCUGCUAAAUCUAUAAUAUCUCCUAUAGCAAAUUGGUGACCACAUCUCUUCCCUUCAGUCACCAGGUUUCUGAGUCUGAGAAAACUUGCGCAUUCAGAUUCAAAUAUUAUUACUACAGACAGUUGUGUUAAAAUAUUUUUAUGAGGACUUCCACCUCCCCACCUUCCAAUUAUCUGGAAAUCAGUUGAUUGCUCACCUCCCAUCUGUUGCCAUGCAUAGGUUGGAAAUGUUACAAUCUUGCUAUCAAAAAAUGUAACAAGUACGCCAGUCUUGUGUAACAUUUCCAGCCCUCUGUGGUACCACUAUGAACAUCUUUGAAGGGCAGCAAUCAAAGAUUGAUUCUGAAGCUACAGUAUUGGUGGAAAAAUUAUUGAAUGUUCAGUUUUGGUUUGAUUAUGUUGUGUUUGGGACAUCCUUCUGUAAAUGAUUGAAGUGCCAUAUCCUGAUUCAGUGUUAUUUGCUAUUAAAUGUACCCAUAACAUGAUUGUGUACUGCCUAUAUGCACUAUUUAUCUUUCCUGAAUAAUGAAUAUUUACAUAGUAUGGUAUAUUAAUCCUGACAGUAUUUGAAAUUGUACAAGUAAGAAUGUAAAAUCCUGUUUAUAAAUUGCACCUUCAAAUGUGUUUUUUUUAACUGAAAUGACAGGGUAGCAAAAGAUGUGGACAUAAUAUAUACUCUAGAACAGUAUGUUAUCUAGAUGUUAGUUAGUUUGGGGCAAUCAUAUUUGUGUAAUAUGAGUCUGUGGUUGACUAAUGCUUGCAACUGACAUUGAAAUGUGCCGUCUCUCUGGGUAUCUUUAGGUUAAUCAAAAUACGUAAAAUGUACACAAAGUAUUUUUCUACUCCCAAAGCAAGUCCCAUGCCACUAUAUUUUGCCGGUUGUUUAGCUCCCUUCCUCUUCCAGCAUAAAUAAUUCUCCUUCUGCUUCAUUUUGAAGACCAUGCCAAUACACCAGGAGGAAUCCUGGAAAUAUGAAAUUAAACCCAAAAGCUACUGGAAAGGGUUGAUCAACACCUAAAAGAAAACCAAUACAAUGGCUAAUUUUAUCAUCACAUGUUUGUUAAACUGCCAGAUUGGAUAGACCACAUAUUAUUUAUUCAAAUUGAAUUCAGGCACAAUUUAUAGUGACAUAUUGUACAAUGGACAGACAAUUCACUCUACCAAAACUAGUUCUGAGAAAUAAAAAUCACCAAAGUAUUCCUCGUGGAUUCUUUGUGAAAUCUCUUCAUUUCUUUCUGAUCAAUCUAAUGAAGACAUGGGCAAUGGACUCUUAGAUUCAAUUCCAAGAUAUCAUUUUCUACUUCUCAUUGCCAUCAUUCUGUCUGAGGAAGCUUCUUUUAUAUAAUGUUCUUUCUUUUCUUCCUGAUUGAUUUAAGCAAAUUCAGCAUGAUGUUAAACUUCAUUCACUAUUCAGCAGUUAUCGGAGUGGAUACCAGUAUUUUAAUAUGGAGACCCCAAAUACAAGAACCCAUUUCCUGGACAUUAAAGGCCUACCAAUCAGUGCCUUUUUUCCACAGAUAUUAUCCAGACCUUCAUACACAAGGAAGAUCUUCUAACUGAUCUUACAUUUGCGUUGUUGAUGAGGGGAAACAUAGAAAAUAGGUGCAGGAAUAGGCCAUUUGGCCCUUCGAGCCAGCACCACCAUUCAAUAUGAUCAUGGCUGAUCAUCCAGAAUCAGUAUCCCGUUCCUGCUUUCUCACCAUAUCCCUUGAUUCCGGGAUUUAGAGAGUCAAGAAGCAAGUCAUUUGCCACCAACAUUAGAUUUUCUUCUGCAAUCUCAUAUUUCUGCAACCAGUUCAGUUACAUUCCACCCUUGAUUUGAAGGUUAUUGAUGGUUGAGGAGUUUCUGAUUGUAAUGCAAUUGAAUCUCAAGAGUAGGUGGUUGGGCAACCUUAGAGAUGCCCAUUGCCAUGCUCUUGUGUGGUUAUUUCGAUUUUUGGCCACUAAGAGUAAUGAGUGCAUGUAACUUUCUAUUCUGUCUGUCAAUUUGUAUUGAUUUUUUUUGUGUAAAAAUCAUAUGUCAGUUAAUGACACCAUCUGCAGGUCUAUUUGAACGACAUUGGUAAGCCUAACAGCAAGAAGGAAUUCAAUGAGCUACUACACAUUUGAUAUGGCAAGGUCAUUGAAGCAUCGUUGGGUAAUGGGCUAUAUCAUUGAUUGUCCUAAAUCAGUUCCAGGCACUGUCAGAUUCAAAGAAACAUCGACAGGAGCAUCAACCUCCAUGUAAGGUCUCAGAAUUUAAGUUUUCUUACAUAGACUGGUUGUGUUCUUGUCACAACUAUAUUGUGCUGUUCAGCAGAACCACUAUAUCGGGUGAAUAAGUACACUGUAAGGCUGAGAGUAUGUUCAUACGUGGAACAUAAAGGGAGCUACAGCUUUUCCUGCUUUGCACAUUGUCAUAAUUAACAAAACAUCGUAGGGUGGCGCAUCGGUAGAACUGUUGCCUUACAGCACCAGAGACCCGGGUUCGAUCCUGACUGCCGGUGCUGUCUGCGGAGUUUGUACAUUCUCCCCGUGAUCUACAUGGGGUUUUUUCCGAGAGCUCCAGUUUCCUCCCACGCUCCAAAGACAAACAGGUUUGUAGGCUAAUUGUCUUAGUAAAAUUGUAAAUUGCCCCCAGUGUUUGUACGAUAGUGUUAGUGUGCGGGGAUUGGUGGUUGGCACGGACCCGGUGGGCCAAAGGGCCUGUUUCCACACUGUAUCUCCAAAUUAAACUAAAACAAUAACCAUUCAUUAUUAUAAUGGCUAAUAAGAUUCUCUUCAUUUUUAAUAAAAUGGAAGAUAUAAUGAACAUUUUAAUACAUUUCUAUUUGACACUAUAAACCAGUUAAUUUAGACAUGACAUUUCUCAUAUUUCAUUUUACACAGCAAUUACAGAUUGUCUCUUUUCUCUUCAUUUAUGUCUCUUUAUCCCCCACAGAUCACACUAUAUUAGCAGUGGACAAAUAGUAGUCAAAUAUUUCUUAUCCAAUUUCUUAAUGUCAAUGUUGUUCAUUUUGUCUUCUAAUCUUGAAAUUCACCAUUUUGUAUAAUCUCCACACUUUCCCAGUGGUUAAAGCAUGAAAUCAGCCAUAUCAAAAAAACAAAGCUCCAGCAGCUAUGGAGCUCCACAUUUUUUUUAAUUUGUAAAUUUCAAGCUUCAAUAGAAAUUCAAAGCUUUGUGUUUUAUAAAGUAGAACUGUGCAGCACAGGAACAGGGCCUUUGGCCCAGGUUGUCUGUGCCAAAUACGAUGCCAAAUUAAACUAAACUUUUCUGCCUGCAAGUGCUCCAUGCUACUCAAUUGCUUGCAACUUCAUGUGCCUAAAAGCCUCUUGAACGCCACCUACCGUUCCUGUCAUCACCACCACCCUUGGCAAUGCAUUCCAGACAGCUGUCAUGCUGUGUAUAAAAACUAAAAUCUUGCCCCGCACAUCUUUAAAUUUCCACCCUCUAACAUAAUGCUCUACUAUUUCACAUUUCCACAUUAGGAAAAAGGUUCUGACUUUGUCCCAUCCAUACCUCUCAUAAUUUUGUAAAUUUAUCUCAAGAGUCCUGUCAGCCUCCAACCCUUCAGAGAAAACAAUCCCAAGUUUGCCCCACUUUUCCUUAUACCUAUUACCUUUUCAUCCAGACAGCAUUCUGGUAAAUCCCUGCUGCACCCUGUCCAAACCCCCACAUCUAUCCUAUAAUUGGAUACUGCUUACAAUAUUCCAAAUGCUGUUUAACCAAAGUUUUAUAAAGCUGCAAAAUGUUAUCUUCAUCGUUCCUCGCCCUACUAUCUUUAACUUUGCCUGCUGUUAAUCUUGCCUUUGGGUCGUAAUCUAUCACACAAAUGAGCCAAUCGAACGUUCAGUUUAGGGGCAAUUAAUGCUUAAACUUUUCCUUUCAAACCUAAGAAGACUAAUCAAGCUAUAUAAAAGUAAAGGGGCAAACUGCUGGUCAGGAAUAAAAUUCUUUGUGUAGGCUUAUUU